GUUUUGCAUCACCACCAGAGAGGAGCUCUCUGCUCCUCUCCAAUCAUCACCACCUCCAUCACCUGCACACCCACCUACACACAUCUUCCAUCUCCAUACCCUAUUUCACCACCUGCAUAUCCACCAUUACCAUAAGCACAACAUACAUCCACCAGUUCCAUUCAUCCACCUGCAUCUCCACAGCAUACUCGUCAGCACCUGCAUACAACCUUCAGCAACGCAGCAGUCCGGUUCUACCUUUUACUAUCAUUCGCCGCAGCCAGUAUCCGACAGUUCAGCUCAAGGCUACAAUUCAUCGCCACCAGUCUGUCUACAGGCGUCCCAUAUCAUCCGCAGCACAUCAUACUCCAUUACCUAUGAAAUACUACACAUGAAAUCAGUCUUCGACUAUUACGGUUCCAACCACCAUUGAUAUCAAGUCUCUGAGAAUAUAAUCCACGGUACCAACCUUCUUUUAAUUGAUUUGUUGAAUCAAUUUCACCAAAUUCAGAUUAACCUCACCCAUUUUCAAACCAAACAAACAUCAAUUCUUCACUAUCAUUCAACCAUAAGAUCACAAGAGCAUCUCCACUUGCUUGUUGUGAAAUCAGAAUCAAUUGACAAAACCCCCAAAUUUAUCUUUCAUUGAUGAAAACCCUAAUUUCAGUCCAUUGCUAAUUGCAUCUCGAUCAAGACCAGAUCUCAAUCAACCUGCGUCAGCGACUCGGGCCAUGAACAUCAACAAUAUCUUUUCAAAACUGAUUCAAAUAAAACCCUUACGAACACUUCAAUUUCACUUAGAUCUCAAAUAUGAGGCAAUUAGGCAAACCCAUCUUCAAUGCUUCUUAUUUUCUGUAAUUGUAUCCUUAUUCUUUCGUAUCAUCAAUCUCUACUGCUAACAGAACGAAGCUCUUGUAGUUUCGAACCCUAAUUAUUCUCCUCAACGUUCCAGAACUUAAAUCUCAUCACAAAUUCAUAGCAUCGAUUAACAACAGCUUCAGUUUCGACACUGAUUUCUUGUUCGCAACAAAACCCUAACCAAUUUCAUCAUCAGAACCUCAUCGAAUCAAUUUCAUCAUCAGAACCUCAUCGAAUCAAUUUCAUCAUCAAGCCCUUCUGCAUUUUCGUCGGUCAUCAUCUCUCGAUUUCAGCACCAGGAUAUGAAGAUGGUGCAUGGGGUUAUGCAGUUGUAAUUUUUGUGGAGGCAUAAGAAGAUGAAGUAGAAAAUAGAUUAGGUUUAGAGACUGUUCGGUAAAGUGAAAGGGUAUAACAGUAUCUUACGCUGAUAAUUAAAUUUUAUUGAGAUUUUCAAUAAUUAUUAAACGGAAGUCAAAAUUAAAAUGAGUCAACUCUGGUCAACGUCUUUUCUAGGUACCAAACACCAAGCUGGACAAAUGUUAGACCAAAUUCAUAAUUUGGACAAAAUCUGAGUACCAAAAACAAAAUAACCCUUAGAAAUACUGACAAAUACACUAUGAGGUGAAGGGGGUUCUGAUUCUGAGAAUGAGGUAUCAUCACAUGAAUCACCCAAAUCAUAAUUACUACACUCAAAAAAAGAUUUUUUGGGUUCACCCAUCUUCUUCUUUCUAUUUCCUUCUUCUUCUUCUUAUCUCUCAAUAAUAAUGUUAUAACAAAACAAUCCCACUAAUAUAACUCACUAAUAACUCACUAAUCAAAACGCUAACAAUAAUCACACUAACUAAGUUUAUCAUUAAGAAUAAAGUAGGUAUUUAAAAAAUAUCAGAUAAGGGGUGAUUAGAAAUUACUACAAAAAACCACCCCAAAAACUUGAGAGUAGUCCCCCCAUUUUUUGAGUAGUCCCCAAAAAACGGUUCCUAAUUUUGUCAUCCGGGUAAGGCUUGGUAAGAUGGGCUGGGCUUAGAUCAUAAUUUUAACCUCACAGUCACAGAUAUAUGUAUGUAUCCGAUUUGAUUGAGAUUUAUUCGACACCACCGAGAACAAAAAACCUAGGGCCGGAUUCCAAGACCGCAAAAUCUCUCAACUCAUUUAUGUCUGCGGAAGCUCUGUAGAAGAAGGAGACGACGAUUACAGCAACAGAGAAAGGGAUACAACAAUACAAGGAACCAACGGAGAACAGCUUUUUGGAUUGCGCAAAACAAUGGUCGAAUCUGAUUGAACUUUUCACUUCAUUGAGAGGAAGAAAUUAAAUAGAGGUAGAUAGUGAAUUGGGAGAAAACAGUUGGGGUUUAAACUCGAAGGGGGCAGUGGUUAAAUGGGUCCAUCUAAGAAGGCUAAUAGAAAAGCAACAGAUGUUUCCCAGAUUGAUACAGCAGAUGGUAUGGGGUUGCAAAUUACUGAAGAUGUUACAAAGAACAAGAAAACAAGUCAUGGAAGACGGUUAAAUAAUGAGCACGUCGUGCUUGCUCUGGCAGCAACAAGUGAAAAUGAUGAGGUGAUUCCGGAGACGAAGAAGACGGGAAAGAAAAAAAAGGGUGAGAGUUCUAACACCUCGAAAGAUGACAAUUCCGACCAAAAGCUGGUGGAAGAGAGUGCACAGAAGGAUACUGGCGAAAACUGCAGUUCUCUAUUAGAAAACGCUGAAACUGUGCCUGAGGUGACAAAUAGACCGAAUUCGGAAAUUGAGGUUGGGGUAGGUGAUCAUACUGUUGAUGAGAAUGAUACAGGUAAAAAGACAAAAACCAGGAGGAAGAAGAAGAGGCGUAUUGAAUCUCAAAAUGAUGUUCCAGAUAAAACUCCAAAGGUGGAAGUAGAGACAUCUUUGGUAGAUGGCGUGGAUACAGAUGCAGAUCUCACCCAAACUAUCUCUGAGAUGAAAAAUAGACCGCAUUCGGAUUUUGAAGUUUCUGGGCACCACAUGACUUCUUUGCAGACUGCAGAUCAAACUGGUGUUACUGAAGAUGAUGCAGGUAAUGCAAUAAAAACUAAGAGGAAGAGGAAGAGGCGUAUUGAAUCUCAAAACAAUGAUCCAGAUGAAACUCCACAGGUGCAAAUGGAGAAACCUUUAUCAGAUGGGAAUGAUACAGGUAAAACGAUAAAAACCAGCAAGAAGAGGAAGACGCCUAUUGAUUCCCAAGAAGAUGAGCCAGAUGCAACUCCGCGAGUGAGAAAAGAGAGAUCUUUAGCAGAUGUGAUAUCAUCAUAUAAGAAGCAGCAACAUGUAGUUCCUGUGUGCACGGAUCAUGAAGUCGAUAGGCCGUGCACCUCUGUAAAAAUUGAUACUGAUUCGAUGACAAAGAGUGAUUUACCUACUGGAAAUAAUUUGGUCUCAGUUGAGGAGACUAGUAGCCCCUCAAAACAUCAGAAGAAGAAAAAGAAGAAGAAGAAAAGCUUACUCGACUCCUGUGGGACACAGUUGUUACAGAGCAAAGAGCAGUCCCCUAGCUUGUCUCUGGAAGUUCCGAAAGCUAGUUCAAAGAAAAGUAAAAGGGAAAUCAAAUCAGAGAAGUCCUCUACCAUGGAUGUUUCCCUAGGUUUGUCUUCUGCUGAAGAUUGUGAUCCUGCAAGCAAGAGGAAGAGCAAGAAAAAGAAGAGAAAGGAGAUGCUAUUAGUAGAAGUCAGUAAAUCAACCAUAGAAGAACCUCAGCUCAAGCAGUCAAAAGAUAUAGGAGUGCACUGCCCUCUGGGUGUGGACAAUCCAAAAGAAGGGCCAAUUGUUUUUGGUGAAGAAACUCCAGCAGUAUCCGUAGAUGAGCAUUGCAAGGAAGAAGUUAUUCCUCUUUUGGCAACUAACAGCGACAUAAAAGAUGGUCUUGUUGAUGAAGGGAACACCGCUCCUGGGAGGUCAAAGAAAGAAAGGUGUAUUACAGAUAUUUCUUCAUGCAAAAAUGCUGCUAAUGAUUUGGACCAUGCCCAUAGCAAUAGGAGAAAAAAGAGGAAGAAUGAUACUCAUACUACCAAUGAAGACAUGGCUUCUGAGAGUAUGCUCAUAUGUGGCCCUCCUGCAAAUGAGGUUGAAUGGAGAGAUGAAUCUUGUGUUACUGGUGAGGGAAAUCUAGCAGGGAAUGUAACUCCUCUUUUAGGGGGAGAACAUGUUGAUGCAAAGAAAAUCCAUGUAUCUGGUGGAGAGAACUUAGAUGUAUCGUCAAAUGCUGGACUAGUGGAAGAAGGAACUCGGCAUGCUGUCUUGAUGGGGAAUAUCCCUUCUUCACCAGUUAGAACAUCUUUUAGUUGUACGAGGAAAAAGCUUCUUGUUCUUGAUUUAAAUGGUAUUCUUGUUGACAUUGUUUCCAACGUGCCUGAUGGAUAUAAAGCAGACACGUUUAUUGCAAGGAAAGCUCUUUUUAAGAGACCAUUCUGUGAUGAUUUCUUGAAGUUUUUAUUUCAGAACUUCAAUGUGGGUGUCUGGUCAUCAAGAACAAAGAGAAAUGUGGAUAGCGUGGUCGACUUUGUCAUGGGAGAUAUGAAAAAGAAUCUGCUAUUUUGUUGGGACCAAUACCACUGUACUGAUACAGGGUACAGCACUCUUGAAAACUGGCAGAAGCCUUUGGUAUUAAAGGAGCUGAAGAAAUUAUGGAAUAAGCAUGACCGGAGUCUUCCAUGGGAAAAGGGUGCAUAUAAUGAAUCAAACACGAUAUUGUUGGAUGAUUCACCGUACAAAGCCUUACGAAAUCCACCCCAUACUGCUAUUUUCCCUCCUCCAUAUAGGUUUGAGGAUGCUGGUGAUAAAUCAUUAGGUCCAGGAGGAGAUCUUCGUGUCUAUCUGGAAGGUUUACUCAAGGCUGAGGAUGUUCAAAAUUAUGUGGAACAACACCGUUUUGGUCAGCGUGCUAUCACUGACAAGAAUCCAUCGUGGGGAUUCUAUCUUCGAGUCAUUGGUAAGAAUGUGCAGACCAGAGCUGAUAUCUGUAGCACUUCCAAUCAGUUGCAAAUGGGUUCAAUAUCAUGAAGCUGGAGAAAAGGGCCAUAUCAGUUUUUCCUUGGUGUCGAAGCUACAAAGUCGCCACUGAUUUGUGGAGUUGCUCAAGGUCCCAAUAUCAGAGACCCGAAUCAGGGUAUGAAUCGAUCUCCGAGAUUUUUUUCAAAGGUGAGACUGAGUUAUGUCUAUAAUCAGUUCAGAGUGACUUAUUUUUUUCACAAUUGAGGAAUACAAUUUUUCCUCAGUUGUCGAGACAAUUAGUUUUGCAUUUCAACCUCACCUUCUCUUUGAAUAUGGUGAGAGAGGAUACUUCAUAGUUCCUGAGUUUUUUUUUUUAUUAUUAUUUUUUUGGGUUUUUGCUGUUGUAAAAUAGCAUGUCUUUUACUAUGAUCACUAGGAGUGAUUCUGCAUAAACUCAGGUUUAUGAUUGUUUUGGGAUUUAUUGUGAUAAUUUUAAACAGACAAGGUUGGAAUGUAAGUUCUUUUCAUGUACGAGCAAUUUUAUUUUGUACAAA